AGACUUGGGUGUUUUACAGCUCUGCGGGCGGUGUGUUACUAGACAACCCGGACACGCUGCUCCUUCUUCCUUCGUGAUGACAAUGAUCAGGUUAGGAGAAGGCGACAGUACAGUACAAAAGGCGAUUGAACAAGUCGGGCAAGGCUACCAGCUGGAUAGCUACAGAGUCGAGUCAUGGCUGAAAUAGAGCCGAAGCAGAGGAACUCCAACGCGGCCAAAGGAUGCAGUGGAAGCCAGAAGAAGGCAAAGAGCACCUCGAAACCUAUUCGAGUAGUUGUCAAGCGCCGCAAACGAUCCAACAAGAAAGCAUUGGCAACGGCCAGACAGCGGCUAGUAGUAGCCCAAAAACCAGGCAUUCCCAAUUUGACCAAAGAACUAACGGAGCCGCCACCCGAAGACGACAAUGACGAGAAUGACGACGAUGAAUUAUUUCUGCCACUCGACGACGCCAUUCCCUGCGACACUCUUUUGGCCUUUCAAUCUCUGACAUGCUCGCCUCAUUUAUGCUUGUCCAUCCCCUUGCAAGCGUCAAUGAACCACAUUCCCUGCAUUUUGGAAUCCCAACUGGUCCCAGCCCUCCAGCAAAGCGCCCAAGAUCACAAUAGUUUUGCCAUGGUCACACAGGAAUUGGCCGAUCUCUUUCACCGCAAUGUGCUGCGACGAUUGACAUUUGCCGGAAACAACAGCAACAGUAGUGAUGCUCUCACAGUCUUGUUGUCGACCGAAGAGUACAUUCGAGGAGUCUGGGAUGCCCAUGAUACACAGGAUAAUGCAUCAGAGGAACAACGCGCCACGGUCGUUUGGUUUGUCGAGCACUUGCAUCGCUGGACGGGACGCAUCCUUUCCGAAAGCAAAUUGCGGGCUACGUGGACACGAAAUCCACCACUCACCAAUCUACCCUACUUUGCCUUGUCAUCGAGCUGUACCCAGGGACUGGAGUAUUUGCAACAGAUCCAAGUCUUAAUGCCCAAUCACAGCCAGGCCGAAACGACCUAUCAACUGUGGCUUCCCGAAUGGGGACAAGUAUUGGCCGCCUUCUCCACGGCUCACAAACGGUUCCUACAAAAGAUUCAACAAACCUAUCAAAAAGAAAUAUCCGAAAAAUCGUUCCUCCAGCAUCCAUUCUACAAGGGGAUUUCCAGUAAGCUCUUGUUGCAAUGGUUGCAAGAUCAAGGGAUUGUGACGUUGGUGCCAAAACCCGUUGGUAAGUUUAUUUCGCUAGUGGACAAAAAGAAGAAAAAGAAAAGGACCAGCCGAUAAUGAGAUUCUUGCUAGCAUUAGACUUUUAACUGGGAAACAUCAGCAUACAUGUAUUUGACUGGUUAGGUCUGUACUUUUUGAGUUCCUUUCAAUGACGAAACUCUACUUGACACUAUUAAUAGCUAGAAACUGGAAAGGCUUUUGGCCA